GUCCUGGACCGCGAGGAUGGCUGAACGUUGGUUUUUGUGAUGCUCUCUAGUGAAGAACUGAUUGGUUUGCCCCUUGAGCCCCAAUUAGGAUAGCAGGGCAGUGUAGCAGUUUGAAAAGCAAAUAAAUUGGCUCCCUCCGGGCCUUGUUUUAACUUCCCUGUGAAAUGAGGGUGAAAUUGUCUCCCUGGUACAAGGACCACUUACUUGUGACUAUGGAGAAAUCACUUACCUGCUCUGACUUUUAGUUUCUUUCUUUUAAAAGUGGGGAUAAAUAAUACUUGCUUUGCAGGGUUAAAACACAAGAUAAUUUUUGUGUAAAACUGUAUAAAUAUUAGCCGGUAUUAGCAGUAUCAAAUGAAUUUACUACUCUGGCAGCCAGCUCUUUGCUGUGACUCAAGUUAUUUGGACCCUGAACCUUUAUUUUAAAAGGAAAUGGGUAUGCUGUCUCUUCUGAAAGGUUGUUAUAGCGGAAUGAAUGAAUGUAUGGGAAAGUGUGUGGCAGACUCUGAAGAGCUGUACAAAUGCUGGUUGUUUGUUGUUAUUAGAACCUCUGGAUGGACUCUUCCUGGGAAGCUUUGCUAACUUGCAGCAGCUGGACCAUGUUCCACAUUAUCUGUCUGUCAGCAUAAUCGUCACAUCAUUUCACUGUGCUCUUGAGCCUAGUGAGCCUCUAGGCAAGAUGUCCCUGCCCAUUGGGAUGUACCGCCGGGCAUUCAGCUAUGACGAUGCCCUCGAGGACCCUACGCCCAUGACUCCUCCUCCAUCAGACAUGGGCAGCAUCCCCUGGAAGCCAGUGAUUCCAGAGCGGAAGUAUCAACACCUUGCCAAGGUGGAGGAAGGAGAGGCCAGUGUAUCCGCCACUGACAGUAUGGACAAGGUCCCAGUGGUGAAGGCUAAAGCCACCCAUGUCAUCAUGAAUUCUCUGAUCACAAAACAGACCCAGGAGAGCAUUCACCGGUUUGAGCAACAGGCAGGCCUGAGAGAUGCUGGCUACACACCCCACAAGGGCCUUACCACUGAGGAAACCAAGUACCUUCGGGUGGCAGAAGCACUCCAUAAACUAAAGCUGCAGAGUGGAGAGAUCACAAAGGAAGAGAAGCAGCCUGCAUCAGCCCAGUCCACCCCAAGCAGCAGCCCCCACUCUUCCCCUAAGCAGAAAUCCAGAGGCUGGUUCACUUCAGGUUCUUCCACAGCCUUACCCGCCCCCAAUUCUAGCACCAUGGAUUCUGGAAGUGGAGAUAAGGACAGAAACCCAUCAGAUAAAUGGAGCCUCUUUGGACCGAGAUCCCUCCAGAAGUCUGAUUCGGGAGGCUUUGCCACCCAGGCCUACAGAGGCGCCCAGAAGCCCUCUCCAAUGGAACUGAUGCGUGUGCAGGCCACCCGUAUGGCUGAGGAUCCAGUGGCCUUCAAGCCGCCCAAGAUGGACAUCCCAGUGAUAGAAGGGAAGAAACAAGCGCCCCGGACCCAUAACCUGAAACCCCGUGACUUGAAUGUGCUCACGCCCACUGGGUUCUAGAGUUCUUUCUGUUCUAGGGACUCUGGAUUGAGGGUGUCUUCUCCCCCAUGCCCCUUUUACCUUGGCUCUGACAUAGGAAAGGUAUAUUUUUUAAAAACCUGUUAAACCAAGGCUAGAGCUGGAGACAUAAUUGGCUUUUGAGAAACAUUAGUGCAAAGCUUGUCCUUAUUGUGCGGAAGAAGCUAUUUUGUACUGCUUUAAUUUAAAAUUAGACUAAAUAAUCUCAGCAGUGAUGUAUGGGAGACCUCAUGACCUAUUUUUGUAUUAUUUCCCCUAGACAGGAACUUUGAUCAUGGCUUCCUAGGUAAAUAAUGUUUGUGCUGUUCCAAAACCCAGGCUUCUUGAUUCCUUUACCGCUAUCAACGUGAGCACUGACAAAUCAUGAAGUAGAGGUGUUCAAUGACUAGUUUAAACACCGACCCUUCUAACACUUGGCUGAAAUGUGCUCUGGCUUGGCUGGUUAGGGGGACUAAGAUCUGUUUGAGAUCUGGGUAUACUUAAGAGCCAGACUCUGCUGAAACUGGCCUCCCCUUGCCUUCUUGGUAGACCUAAUGGAUCACUGUGUCCUGCAGCCAGCUCUUAUCAUAGUCCCUUUUGGGCCAGUGCUGUUGGAAGGAUGCUUCUCUUUUUAUGUCACACAGAGCAAACACUAGUCUUGUAAAUCCUUUCUUGCACUUUAAGAUUUAACUCCAGUUUGGUCGAAAACUUCAUAAGGGAGAAAAUUCAGUGUAUUGGUUUGAUAACCAAAAAAACCCAAACCCAUUGCUUUCGAGUCAAUUCCAACUCAUAGCGACCCUAUAGGACAGAGUAGAACUGACCCAUGUGGUUUCCAAGGACUGCCUGGUGGAUUUGAACUGCCGACCUUUUGGUUAGCAGCCGAACUCUUCCACUACGCCACCAAGGUUUCCAUAUUGGUUUGAUAUGGUUGUUAAUUUUUUUUAAAGUACAUAAGGUGGUAACUACAGCUAGUAUAGUCUUGAGGUUCAUAUGAACCUACUGUCACCCUAUUUGAUUUCCUUGUUCAGCCCAGGGCUCAAAACCUUUUUUUCCUGGGGGUGCAGAGGAAAUUAACAUUUUCUAUAAGAAAGCAUCUUCCCCCAAAGUAAGCCUCAUACCUUUAUACAC